AGCGAGCCUGCGGAGCUACCAAUCCAGUCCCGCCCGCCUCUGCAGGGCCUGGGUUGGAGCUCUCUGCACCCGAGUCAGCCCCCCCCGCCUUUGCUUCCUCCUCGCCCAUUGGCCCCGGGGAGAUGGAGGAGCCUUCUUUUCUCUCUUUUUUUUUUUAACGAUUGGGCGGGUCCAAUCAAGGGAGGGUCGGGUCUUUGAUGCCUUUUUUUGCCCGCUUCCAAGAUGGCGCCCACGACCACGCUGAGAAUGCAGCGUGAAGCCGCAGUUCUGCCAUCACUCAAGAUGGCUGCCCCCAUCAAGAUGACCGGGGUGUGCCGGGGGAGAAGGGGCAGCAUGACUGUCUGAGACGGUCUAGCAUCGGACCAUGUGGAAGUUUCUGGGACUGGGGAGUCGGAGGAUGCGGGGUGGGGCCCGAGGGGGGUAGAGGGAGCAAUAGCGUCCUUUCUCAGGCUAACCCCGGCCCCUCCCGUGACCCCUGGACGGAGAUGGGGAACACACUGGGCCUGGCACCGAUGGGGGCUUUGCCCCGCCGGAGUCCCCGUCGCGAGGAGCCUCUGCCCAACCCUGGGAGCUUCGACGAGCUGCACCGGCUUUGCAAAGAUGUGUUCCCAGCACAGAUGGAGGGAGUAAAGCUCGUGGUCAACAAGGUUCUGAGCAGCCAUUUCCAGGUGGCUCACACCGUGCACAUGAGUGCCCUGGGCCUGCCAGGCUACCACCUCCAUGCGGCCUAUGCAGGGGACUGGCAACUCAGCCCCACCGAGGUGUUCCCCACCGUGGUCGGGGAUAUGGACAGCAGCGGCAGCCUCAACGCCCAGGUCCUGCUCCUCUUGGCAGAGCGGCUCCGCGCCAAGGCUGUCUUCCAGACGCAGCAGGCCAAGUUCCUGACGUGGCAGUUCGAUGGCGAGUACCGGGGAGACGACUACACAGCCACCCUGACCCUGGGGAAUCCUGACCUCAUUGGGGAGUCGGGUGAGGAACUGGGACGGGGAUGCUUUUUCCUCGUGGCUGCCCACCUGCUAGUGUCGGCUGUGGCUCCUCAUGGUCUGGAAGGUUCGGGGAGCCUCACCCAUCGGCUGGUGCUGGGAGGAGAGCUGGUUUAUCACCGGCGGCCGGGCGAAGAGGGGGCCAUCCUGACACUGGCUGGGAAGUACUCGGCUGUCCACUGGGUGGCCACGUUGAACGUGGGUUCAGGUGGGGCCCACGCGAGUUAUUACCACAGGGCCAACGAACAGGUGCAGGUUGGAGUGGAGUUUGAGGCAAACACAAGGCUGCAAGACACAACCUUCUCCUUUGGUUACCACCUGACUCUGCCCCAGGCCAACAUGGUGUUUCGAGGCCUGGUGGACAGUAACUGGUGUGUGGGUGCUGUGCUGGAGAAGAAGAUGCCCCCCUUGCCCGUCACCCUAGCCCUUGGAGCCUUCCUCAAUCACUGGCGCAACAGAUUCCACUGUGGCUUCAGUAUCACUGUGGGCUGAGGUGGCCCCAGAGCCAGCCCCCACAGACGCUGGAACCUCUGAGUCAGGUGCCCUAGGGCCAGAGACUAGGCCCCUCUCCAGAGCCCACCUUGCUGGGUGACCCCUCGGUCCCAGGAGCAGAGUGGGGGACAGGACCGUGCCCUCCUCAGAACUGGAGCUGCCACGGGGGCAGCUGCUGAGGCCGUGGUGUGAGGCUCCCACCUCCACCACUGGCCCCAGGGUCCUCUUCCCGUGCUCUUGUGGCUCUGGACGAAGGGAAGAAAGAUUAAGGGGUAUGUCUGGCCGACUUUCCCCCCCUCUUUUCCCCCUUCUUCGUUUCCCUGUGGAUUAAAGCUCCUAGCUUCUUCCUCUUCAGAGCAGACCAGUCUGCAUGGGAUUAGCUCCCUAUCCUGUUUUCCAUCCCAGAGUCUCCCAGGGCUGGGAAAGAAGGGCUGAAAGGCUAAACCUUGGACCUCAGAAAGUGCCCCCCGCACUCUGGCCCCAGUUCCCAAAAGGAGUUUCUUUACCUCUUGGCCCUGAGGCUUCCUCCUUCCCAUCUUCUGUGCAUCCAGAGAACAGCUGUGUCCCCACGGUCAUCCCCCACCACCCCAAGACUGCAUGAAGAGGCGGUUAAUCACUUUAGUCUUUCAUUACGACCACUGGGCUCCCUUUCUACCAAUCCUGACCUCCGGCCCCAGCAUUUGCCCCUUUGCAGUCCAGUGUGUCUGGGUGGGCCGGGGAGGAGGCGGGCUGGGGUGUCAGCUGCAGAUCUCCUGGAGCAGCGGCAUCAUGGCAGACAGUCCCUGGAUGUGCUGGAUUUGGUGCCCGUACGCAUUGUUAAUGCUCCGGAGCUCAGCCAACAGGCCCAGCAGCUUCGCAUACAGAAACCUUUGGAGGAAGUAGUGGGGUCACCAGGGAAAGAGGGAAACGAGGCAGCCGAGAGUGUUGUGUUGAGGUCCUGCUCCCCUGAACUUCCCUCAGUGAGGCUGGGUCUGAACACUAGAGAAAGUCUUGCUCCGGUAUGACAAGUUUAUCAAAAACUCCAAAGGCCCCCAAGGGGCCCUCUGACACUGUCUUCUCUCACCAUGCUGUUUUUCUUGACUCCAGAGGUCUGAGGGCCGGGUGUGAAGAAGGCCCCAGACUUGGUCAGAACUUCAACUGUGUGGAAUCUGUGGAUCUGGCCUUCUAGAGCAGGUUCUAGAAGGUGGCGUGUUGUGUGGUAUAAAGCAUCCCUCUUCUGGCCAAACUGGCUCAUAGAGGAACAAACGAGAA